UUGGUUACCUACUCAUUCAUGAGGCGCUGCUUACAACCUAACAGAAGGAUUUGAUUCUUUGUCUACUUCAGUACACACGUGGUGCGAUUCGCAUUUUCCGGACACGGGAGAGUCUUUUUGGGACAAAAUCAUGGAGCUCGGUCCAAACGUUAAGGAGUAUGCGGACGAACUCUUUCAUCACGCCGUGGAGUUGUAUCCGUCCGAGAAGCUCACAGAGUUCAGGGAGUCUAUGGUCAAUGUCACUGCUACUGUCACUGUACUACACCAAGUCUGCAGCGGAGCCGCAGAGGACAGUGGCGCUUCUCUUAACUCCGUAAUAGAAGAACAUGGAGAUAUCUUCGUUGUCCUAUUCAAAGAGCUGAUGGAGAUGUUCCCGCCACCCGAGGAGGCUCCCGGUCACGACAACCGUACAAUCAUGGUCAACACGGCCCUUGACCGCAUCGAGGAAGGUUUUAAACAGGUUGCCACCAAGCUCGGAGUCAGCGAAGAACUAUUGAAAAGUCACUCUGAUUCUCUCAAGUUCGUUGUUCAGCAUGUUGUCGUAACCACAGGAGACCUUGUUGAACAGCAUCCCGACAUUGCCAACACCCUCUUAAUCAUUGCGGUUGCAGAGCUGUUGCCCUUAUUGUUGCCUGAGAUCAGCGUAUUACUUGAGGGAUGGUUUCUUCGCCCACUUCUCCGCAAGUUUGGAUUUGGACCGCAAGGACCGAUCAAAGGUGGAAUUGCUGCGUGGUUGCAACGUUGGAUAUUUGGUGCCACCAUCCGAGAGGGUAGCUGGUUUGCGGUGCUCCAGCACCUAGCCAUGAUUGGUACAAAGCUUUAAGUGUCUUUGAAGUUUUCAAGUUUCAGCAGUGGUUUGUUUCAUGACAUCGAAACCCUCGGGGUCUGUUUUAUGUUUGUACUUUAGAGACGAUUUUUUGAUACCUCAAGUGUAUUCCCGAUUUCCCGUUGUAAAUAUGCUUGCCUACGAGCAUGAUGUCUUCAUGAAAUCAAGCCUAGUGCUGAGCACUUGGACCCAGCUGAGCACGCACAUAUAGGGCCCAUAUGCUGUAGGUUGUUUGAAUCACAUGACUCGUAGCAUGCCUUAGCGUAGCGUGGUUGGCAGUUGCCGCCUUAACCAGUGAAAAUCGUUUACUGUUCGAAUAUCUAGUGCCGUCGCACGUGUUAGGUUUUCAACCUCGUACUCAAAAAGAUGGGCCUGAUACUAG